GGCGGAGGCGCACGGCGCGGACAUGCCGCGCGGGCCUGCGGCUCCCGGCCAUGGCGAGGCUCGGCGCGCGCGCGCCCUGCGCCCUGCGGCUCGGCCUGGUCCUCGCGCUGCUGCGGGCGCUGCAGCUCCCCGCGGCCGCGGGCGCCGAGCUCGGCCGCUCCGACCUCAGCCUCAUCCGGCAGCAGCAGCAGAAGCAGCGCACGGAGGCCGAGGACGAGCGGCCAGGGACGCCCGGGGCGUCCGCCACCCCGCCGGGGCCGGUGUCCGUGUUUAUGCUGAAAGUCCAGGUGAAUGACAUCAUCAGCCGUCAGUACCUGAGCCAAGCGGUUGUAGAAGUGUUUGUAAACUACACGAAGACAAAUUCCACAGUGACUAAUAACAACGGCGCAGUGCUGAUCAGAGUACCCUACCAGUUAGGACUCGGCCUAACCAUUGUCGCUUACAAAGAUGGCUACGUGUUGACCCCACUGCCCUGGAGGACCGGGAGGAUGCCCAUAUAUUCAUCAGUUACACUUUCACUGUUCCCGCAAAGCCAAGCGAACAUAUGGCUAUUUGAAGACACUGUCUUGAUUACUGGAAAAUUAGCUGAUGCCAAAUCUCAACCAACUGUUCAGUUUUCAAAAGCUUUAAUUAAACUUCCGGACAACCAUCACAUUAGCAACGUUACCGGCUAUCUUACAGUUCUACAACAGUUUUUGAAAGUGAAUAAUUUUCAGUAUACAACUGGAAUUACUCUCAGUAAACCAGGUUUUGAAAACGUUGAAUUGACCCCUCUUGCUGCAAUAUGUGUGAAAAUAUUUUCUGGGGGGAAAGAAUUAAAAGUGAAUGGCUCUAUCCAAGUGUCUCUUCCUCUUCCACACACAAAUAAUGUGAGAGCAGGGGAUCGGAUCCCUGCGUGGACCUUCAAUAUGAACACAGGUGCUUGGGUGAAUUCUGGCCGAGGAGUGGUCAAAGAACAGGACAGUCAUUUAAUCUGGACUUACGAUGCACCCCAUUUGGGCUACUGGGUAGCAGCUCCCCUUCCAGGAAUGAGAGGUUCAGGUAUAAAUGAAGAUUCCAAGGACAUAACAGCCUACCACACAGUGUUUCUUACAGCCAUAUUAGGAGGAACCAUAGUCAUUGUCAUUGGAUUUUUUGCUGUACUUCUUUGUUAUUGCAGGGAUAAGUGUGGUACUCCACCAAAAAGAGAAAGAAAUACCACUAAACUUGAAGUGCUUAAAAGAGACCAGACAACUUCAACAACACACAUUAAUCACAUUAGUUCAGUCAAAGCUGCAUUAAAAUCUGAGGACAAAUCACAGUUAUUCAAUGCCCAAAACUCCUCAUAUAGUCCUCAAAAGAAGGAACCAUCAAAGGCAGAAACAGAAGAAAGAGUUUCCAUGGUAAAAACUCGGGAUAAUUUUAAAAUCUACAACGAAGAUGUUUCGUUUCUAUCAGCCAGUCAAAGCAGUUACUCGAGAAAACCAAUACAGUCAUUGGAGCCCAAUAUGGGGACCAAACAGCCUAAGCACAUUAGCAACAACCUGUCUUCGUCGUUAGGUGGCGCUCCUGAGGAAAAGCGGUACCUCACAGGGACUGAGGAGGGGUAUGGGUGUUCCCAGAUUCCCGAACAGCUUAUGCAUAUCUACAGCCAGCCCAUCGCCAUCCUACAAACAUCUGACCUUUUCUCUGCUCCAGAGCAGUUACACACUGCCAAGUCAGCCACUCUGCCAAGAAAGGGUCAGUUAGUCUACGGCCAACUGAUGGAACCAGUGAACAGAGAGAACUUCACGCAGACAUUGCCCAAAAUGCCAAUGCAUUCUCAUGCCCAGCCCCCAGAUGCCAGAGAGGAGGACAUUGUCCUGGAAGGUCAGCAGAGCUUGCCGUCCCAGACUUCAGAUUGGAGCCGGUAUUCCAACAGCUUACUGGAAUCGGUCUCUGUGCCUGGAACCUUGAAUGAAGCCGUCGUAAUGACUCCAUUUUCAUCAGAACUUCAAGGGAUUUCAGAACAGACCCUCCUGGAGCUGUCCAAAGGAAAGCCCUCCCCUCACCCCAGAGCUUGGUUUGUGUCUCUCGAUGGAAAGCCAGUUGCUCAAGUGAGGCAUUCCUUCAUAGACCUGAAAAAGGGUAAGAGAACCCAGAGCAAUGACACAAGCCUGGACUCCGGGGUGGACAUGAAUGAGCACCACUCGAGCAGGAAGCUCGAGCGGGAGAAGACAUUCAUCAAGAGCGUGCAUCAGCCCAAGAUCCUGUACUUGGAAGAUUUAGACCUGAGCAGCAGCGAGAGUGGGACCACCGUCUGCUCCCCAGAGGACCCAGCUUUGAGGCACAUCCUGGAUGGAGGGAGUGGCGUUAUCAUGGAGCACCCCAGGGAAGAGUCCCCAGGAAGAAAAAGCACUGUCGAAGAUUUUGAAGCCAAUAUUUCGCCCACGAAAAAGAGGGGCAGACCACCACUAGCCAAAAGAGAUAGCAAGACCAACAUUUGGAAGAAACGAGAGGAGCGCCCACUGAUCCCCAUUAAUUAGCCCCUCGCGGGCUGCUUGUUCUUGCUUCCGGCGGUAAACUGCAAUAUGGAAUUCUUAAGAAACUGAGACUGAGCCGUGGUCUGGUUCCUGGACAUGUCUCAAGUGGAGUAAAUCACAGAAUGGUUUGACUGGUCUCAGUCACCAGAGAGAAAGAUACCAGGGGAGGAUGCUUUUUCCUGGCCUGUUCCUUUCAUUUAUUUUUGAGUGCUGAAUUUGAAGUAUUUAAGUUUUCAAACUGUAAAAUAGUGUCGAGACGUUAGUUAUUGUUUGCCAAUUUGGUACUGACUCUUCUAAGAGUAAGACCGUGAACCGUGAACUCCCGAAGUUGCUUCCCCAAAAUGUUGCCUCUGCCUCCACCACUACCCUGUGGAACCUUUAGGAAUGAAACUCUCCAGGCAUCAUCCUUGUGAAAUGUUACAGUUACGUCCUCCUCUGCCUUUACUUAAAAAACCAACUUGAUAAAGGUUUGGACUGUUGUUAUCCUAGAGUUCAAAGACCAAGCACCAUUUUCUUUGUCUGAGGUAAAUAGCAUGUGUAUCGUAUCACCCCAAAAGUAAACUCUACACUCAUAGAAAGUGGACAAGAAGCUGCCUGACCAUUAAAUGGGGUUGUUUAUGAAUGUAACUUCACAACAUAAAUAAGGUAUUGAUUUGUUAUGUAGAAAUUUGAGAAAUGUAUACUCUAAUACUGGAUUUUAUUUCUUAAUCUUUUCUUUUUUCCUCCCCUCAAGGAUUAAGUGACCUUAGCUAUGAAGGAAAUUUCUUUUAAGUAAUCCACAAAACAAUGAUAUUACAAGUUAAGAUCAAUUUUAACAUAGUCUGUUUCAACCAACCUUAGUCACUUAAAGGCUAUCAAACAUGACUUAAAAAUGAUAGAAGAGUUGCAUGUGAACAGGAAAAUGUUAAGAUAUGUGGAGAUAAAGAAAAUAAACAUUUCACCUCGAUGAGCUGAAAAAGAAAAGCCAUUUUUCUGAGGAUCAGAAAUGUUUUCAGGAUACUAAUUAUGUAAAGAGAUGUUUCCAUUUUUAAAGGACAUUUUUGAGGAAAAGAGUUUCAAUUUCAGGAGAAAUAUAAAUUUUUCUUUAUAUCACUUGUAGUUUUUUUACUUCUUAGUUUUAGAAGUAUUAUAUCAAAAUCCUUUUUUAAAAAUCACAGAAAAUUCAGUGUGAACACAUUCAAUAUUUGUUUUUAAUUAUGUGUCUUCAACUCUGAAGUAUCAUUCAUAGGUCCUAAAAAUAAAGGCGCUUGUUAAUUAAAAUCAGCCCACCCCAUGUUUCUUAAAAAUUCUAUGAAGACUUGUCUGAAACACCUUUCCCUUCCCCUUGGUGGAAAAUAACAGAACUAAAUUGCUUUAUUUAUCAUUCACUGCUAUUCAAAGUAAGAGCAACAUAGAAACUCAAGCCGCCCAAACAAGUUGAAAAAACCAAAAUAGUUUCAUUAGCUUUAGUAACAUUGUAGAUAGAUGUACAAUGGAAGAAAACAUCUUUUUCCCUUGAGAUAGUAGACUUCAGCCAGUAUUUUCCUGUAACCACUUCUGAAGCAUCUAAUUGGUCAAACAGCUCUGUACUUUCUGUAUUAUCCCAAAGAAUUUAAGGACAGGUAUUUACAUAAUUUGCUAUAAUUACCCUAAUCCACAGAAGAGAUAAACAUUUUGGGUCAAUAUGAUUUUUUUAAAGUAGUGUUAAGGUUUACACUUAGAGGAGGCUUUUUGUUGGUCUUAUAGAGAAAGGUUUAUUAGACGCAGCAGGAAAAAAGAUGAUUUGGAAAAGGUUAAGGAUGUUAAGUGCUCUACGGAAGUGCCUUUGAUACAGAUUUGCAUUAUUAGAAGGAUACAGUAACAUCUUUCUUAAGUGUACAUUUUCUCUCUUAGCCAAAUUAAUCAGAUGUGCAGUUUUUAUUAAAAAUUAUGGACCUAGUGUUUCAUGUUGGAACAAAGAAGUUUGCAUGGAAGUAACCAUUCUUUUUGUGUUUAACCCUUUUGGUAAAUGCAGCACAUGUUGAUAAAUUGUUUAUGUUCAAAUGAGGUUAGAAACUACAUAGCAAAUUAUCGCACCUCCUCAAUAUUUUAAGUGUAUACUUCUCACCUUUAAAAUGUUUCAUCUCUCAGCUUGGAAAUGAAAUACAUGUGUUGGUGUAUGGGCCUACAUUCCAGAAUGUAGCUUACUUUAUUCAUCUUGUGCAAGGGAAAGAGAUGACAGACCCCAAGGGCUUUUCUACACCUUUGUGUUUAGUUUCCCAAAAAAGUUUAUUAUUUCUCCCCCAACUUCUGUUAUUCCUACUUCUCUCCAGCUUCCUUCUCCUCCUUUGUCACUGCACGUACUGCUUGUGGUUGGGAAUUUUAGGCAAUUUAACUUUUCUAACCAUCAAAAGAGUGUGACUUUUUCAUUUGUGAGCAGUUCACAGACUUCCUGUUAGAAAACUGAAGCCAUCUACUUUUUCUUAACCCAAUGAUAAUAAAUGAACAAUAUUCACUACUUUCUUGAAUUUUUAAAUUGAAAACUAAGUUUUUCUGCAAGUAUAAAUCUAGAUAAUUUUGGUUACAAAUCGUUAACAUUUGAGGAUCCUUUGUACAUACUCUGGGUAUAUCUUAAAGGCAAAAUAUUCAAACUGAUGGGUUCAUUUGCUAAACCACAGCUAUAUGUAUUUUUGAAUACAUACGAUGUUGAGACUUUAUAAAAUCAAUUUUUAUGAAUUUAUGCAGUUGUAAGGGGAUGACGCCCUUUUGUAAUGCGUAAUACACCACGAAGAUCACAAAUGUUGAAGAAUAAAAUAACUUAGUUGUUUUGGCCAUCACUUUUGAGAUCUCUUUCCAUGUGUUCAAAUCCUUCAGUAUCAAUACAUAUUAUAGGAUUUUAUAGAUCUGUGGGUCAAAUAAUGCCCCACAAAACUUCCCAGAAAGGUAAACCUCGAAGUUACACAUUCAUUUAUAAGGUAUGGGUUACUUAUUACUCCAUGCACUGACAUUGUGAAAGAAUUUGACUGUAUUAAUUUUGCAUUUCAGACCUAGAGUUUACAUUUUGCCCUCUUGUUUCCAAGUGUUUCUAUCUUUUGUAUCCUUUCUUCAGAGAAAUCUCCUAUUUUAGUGUAUUUAUUGCCAUUAUUUCUGUACUUACUGCUCAAAACUGUAACAGAUUUGUAAAAUGUUAAACCUAGUUCAUUAAAGAUAAGACAUGAAAGAGUGGA